AUGAUGCAUACCAUGGGAGAUAUUGGGGUUCCUCCCAUUAACCCUAUCCCGGGCCCUCCUAACCCGAUCAUGGAAGAGGCAUCAGGGGUCGGCCGGCGGUGUCUAUGGGUCGUUGCGGUUUUGAUGCUACUUUCAUCCCUUGUCUUCUAUGUUCUUGCUGGAAGAGUUCCCGAACAAAAACGGUUUUUUCACGUUCUGGUAUCCCUCGUAACCACAAUCUCCUUCCUCUCGUACCUUGCUAUGGCUAUGGGAUACGGAGUGUCCUACAACCAUUACGUCUACCACAAACACCACAAAAAGGCCCCUGAUACGUAUCUUGAUACUUGCCGCGAAGUUUACUGGAUUCGAUAUGUCAACUGGAUGUUGACAGUUCCUUUGAUUCUUACCUGCCUCACCUUCCUAUCCGGCCUCAACGGAGCCAGCCUACUUGUGUCGAUCUCCGCGGCUCUUAUCAUGUUUAUCUCCGCUCUCAGCAGCGCAUUCAUGAAUCAACACCAACAGUGGGCAUGGUACACAAUUGCUUGUCUAGCAUACUUGACUAUUGCGUACCAAAUUGGCUACCACGGCCGAAGAGUCUCUCAAGCAAAGGACCAGCAGGCACGCACCUUCUAUUCUUCCAUUGCAAUCUUCUCUCUAGUGAUCAUGCUUGUCUAUCCUAUAAUCUGGGCGAUCUCCAACAACGCUCGGAAGAUGAGCAUCAACGCAGAGAUUAUUUCUUAUGCGGUUCUGGACAUAUUGCUCCAAGGCGCCUUUGGCUACUGGCUCAUAGUCUCCCAUGACAAGAUCAGAUCCAUUUCGACCUCGCUAGAUGGCUUCUGGGCCAACGGAACCAGCGGCGAGGGAAACAUCCGGGUAGGAGAAAACGAGCAAGUAUGA